UUUUUUUUUUUUUUUUUUUUUUCCGGUAAGCAACUAUUGUUAUUAUUGUUUCAAGCCUCCAAAUCCCAGGCACCAAAUCCCAAAAACCCAACCAAAACCUCCACAAAUCAUUGGUUUACGAGACACCAAAAAUUCAUCUCUCCACAACAAAAUAUAAUAAAAAAAAAGCCUCCUAUAAUGAAGUCAUGCGCUCGACGGCUCUCCGCCGGAGCCGUCGCCUCCGACCUUCAGUUCCGGAUCCGUACGCCGCGGCCUUUCGCCGCGGAGGUGUUGCACUUCUCGCGCAAUUGCGGUGAGCGGAGGGACGGAAUCGCCCUCCGGUUAUCGGAGGAGAGGCGUUUGAGGGCGGUCGGCGGCGGAGCGGCCUGGGAGAGGUCGCCGGAGGGAGCGGAGGCGGAGAAGGAGAAGGUCGGGGCCUGCUCCUACGCGAUCGGAGAACGGACGGCGAGUGGCGGCGAGUUUCAUCGGACGGCGGAGAUUGAGCGGAGAGAAGAAGGUCGGCGGAGGGCGGUGGAGGUUGUGGUGGCGGCGGCGAUGACGGUGGUUUUUGGAGUGGGGAAUCGCGUGUUGUAUAAGCUCGCUCUCGUUCCUCUCAAGCAUUACCCUUUCUUUCUCGCUCAGUUCGCUACUUUCGGAUACGUAGUCGUAUACUUCUCUAUCUUGUAUCUACGGUACCAUGCUGGCAUUGUUACAGAUGAGAUGCUUUCCAUGCCAAAAGCUCCUUUUCUGGCAGUGGGCCUCUUAGAAGCUCUUGCGGCUGCAACUGGAAUGGCAGCUGGAGCAAUUUUGUCUGGAGCAUCAAUUCCAAUUUUGUCCCAGACUUUUCUCGUUUGGCAAAUUCUCCUGUCAGUUAUUUUCCUUGGGAGAAGAUAUAGAGUAAAUCAACUUUUAGGAUGCUUUCUUGUGGCUAUCGGCGUAAUCAUAACUGUAGCAAGUGGGUCUGGUGCUGGAAAUUCGUUAAAGGAAGCAGGUAUAUUCUGGAGUCUUUUGAUGAUACUUUCAUUUUUGUUCCAAGCCGCUGAUACAGUACUGAAGGAAGUAAUUUUUCUUGAUGCUGCUCGGAAACUAAAGGGAAACUCGGUAGAUCUAUUUGUUGUUAAUUCCUUUGGAUCUGCUUUCCAGGCACUUUUUAUAUGCCUACUCCUACCAUUUCUAUCAAAACUAUGGGGGGUUCCUUUUUCCCAGCUGCCAAACUAUCUGAAAGACGGUGCAGCUUGCUUCCUAAACAUUGGUACAUUAUCCAGUGGAUGUGAUGGAGCCCCGUUAUUGCCCUUGUUGUUUGUUAUUGUCAACAUGGGUUUCAACAUAUCAUUACUGCAUCUUCUCAAAAUCUCUUCUGGUGUGGUUUCUUGUCUCGCAUCGACAUUCUCAGUUCCAAUAUCUGUGUAUCUCUUCACGCUGCCGUUGCCAUACCUUGGCGUUGCGUCGUCUCUGCCAAGAGGUUUUGUGGCUGGAACCAUUGUUCUAGUUAUGGGUCUGCUUAUUUAUGCUUGGACGUCAUCAGAGGGUUCCUCUGAUACCUCACCAUCGGAAUCUAACUUAUGGUCGUAACUAUCAAAUCCUCAAAGGUAAAACAGAGCCUUGUUUUUGGAAAUGGCAAAUAAGAUUGGUAAGAUUACUGUUGUAACUUGUAAUUACGUUGCAACUGUUGCUCAAGUAAAACAGCUAAAGUGUGUUCAUUAUUAUUCUUACUGCGCAAGCAAUCAACAUUAGAUCAACAAAUUUGGUGUAGAUUCUCUCUUGAAAAGGAAUAACAAGAGAGAUGAAUUAGGUCAAUAAAGCUGAUGUUGAUUCUCUCUUGAAAAGGAAUAACGAGAGAGAUGAGAUUUUUUUUCCUUUUCUUUUUUCAAGAUGAUGAGGGGCAUCUCACCCCUGAUUUUACUUGUAAGUUCUGCUCCAAGUAAAA